CAGAGCCGGAGCCGCCACACUGUUUAGUCCGGUGCUGCAACAGCAGGAGGCAACAUCAGCAUGGCUGCGGAGAUGGAGCCCUCGGACGUGAUCCGCCUGAUAAUGCAGUACCUCAAGGAGAACAACCUCUACCGAACACUGACUACCUUACAGGAGGAAACCACCGUCUCACUCAACACAGUGGAAAGCAUCGACAGUUUCAUUGCUGAUAUAAAGAGCGGCCACUGGGACUCUGUCCUGCUGGCUAUUGAGUCCCUCAAGUUGCCCGACAACACGCUUAUUGACCUUUACGAGCAGGUUGUAAUGGAGCUCAUUGAGAUGAGGGAGGUGGGAGCAGCUCGCUCACUUCUCAAACAAACUGACCCCAUGAUCAUGUUGAAGCAGACGCAGCCAGAGAGGUACAACCAUUUGGAGAACCUGCUAACGUGCUCCUACUUUGACCCUCGCGAGGCGUACCCAAAAGGCAGCAGCAAGGAGAAGCGGCGCAGGGCAAUAGCCGAGGCGCUGGUGAGAGAGGUCAGUGUGGUUCCCCCUUCUCGCCUCAUGGGUCUUCUGGAACAAUCUAUGAGACUGCAGCAGUAUCCAGAUAAUCUCUCCCCCGACAUGACCAUCGACACGCCUGGCAACAAGGAGAGACAUGUAGAGAAAGAGAGCUUCCCAACCCAGCUGUACCGCCACAUCAAGUUUGGACGACGGUCACAUGUGGAGUGUGCCCGUUUCUCUCCUGAUGGCAAGUACUUAAUCACUGGAUCGGUGGAUGGGUUCAUUGAGGUCUGGAACUUUAACACUGGAAAAAUUAGUAAGGAUUUAAAGUAUCAGGCCCAAGACAGCUUCAUGAUGAUGGAUGAUGCUGUGCUGUGUAUGUGCUUCAGUCAGGAUACAGAUCUACUGGCAACUGGAGCUCAGAAUGGGAAAAUAAAGGUGUGGAAGAUCCAGAGUGGCUUGUGUCUGCGAAGGUUUGAGCAUGCCCACAACAAAGGUGUGACCUGCCUGAGCUUCUCCAAGGACAGCAACCAGAUCCUUAGUGCCUCCUUUAACCAGACCAUCAGAAUCCACGAAUUGAGGUCAGGAAAGACACUAAAGGAGUUAAACGGCCAUUCAUCGUUUGUAAAUGAUGCAUCUUUCACUGAGGAUGGAUUUCACAUCAUCAGUGGCUCAUCUGAUGGAACAGUUAAGAUUUGGAACACAAAAACCUGCGAAUGCAUCCACACUUUCAAAUCUCUGUCCCGGACAUCGGAGGUCCCCGUCAACAAUGUGAUUCCUCUACCCCAAAAUCCCGAGCACUUUGUGAUUUGUAACCACUCCAACACAGUGGUCAUCAUGAACAUGCACGGUCAGACCAUGAAGACUUUCAGCUCAGAUAAAAAGGAAGGAGCCAACUUUGUGUGUUGUACCCUGUCACCCCGCGGGGAGUGGAUUUACUGUGUGGGAGAAGACUUAGUGCUGUACUGCUUCAACUAUACAACAGGAAGGCUGCAGAAAACGCUGACCGUUCACGAGAAAGAGGUAAUUGGCAUCGCUCACCACCCACAUGAGAAUCUGAUUGCCACAUACAGCGAGGACGGCCUCCUAAGGCUAUGGAAGCCUUAAACUUCAUCCUAAUACGGAGGACCCAGAGAGCCUUACGUGUGGUUAUAAAGCAAUUCAUUCAUUUCUAUGUAAUAAAAAAGAGAUGGGUUAAUACAACUUUACAAAUGGAUACAUUAAGCCAUCAGUUAACGAUAAACCAGUUAAUUGAUUAAGAGAACGAUCUCACCACAAGGUCCAUUAAGUAGCUUUAGUUCAUGAUCUUCAUCGGCAGAUAGAUUUUUCCAGUUGUCAUGGAAUUGUGUUGGUUUUUUUUCCUUGUGCACUUUAAGGUUUUCUUGUCAAUGGUGUAGAAAACUGCAGUUUAGAAUAACAACUGAUUACAACAGUCAGUGUUAAGAAGAAUAAAUAAGAAUUCACUUGAGAAGAAUAAACUUGGACCUCAGCAAUCGAUAUUUUUAAAUGAACUUAUGUAUUAUGUAAUUCCUGCCAAUCAUUUCAAUAUGUCAACAGGUAAAGGUGAUAGCCAAUGCAAGUGUUUGUUAUAUAAAGGAACUGUCAAUAUUUUAUAUUUUCUUAUUAAUCCCAUGAGAAGACCACAUAAUUGACUUUGCUGAAGAUGUAAAUCUUCACUUUGGUCACAAACCAAUAUAUAGUUUUAUUUUCUUUUUGAGAAAAAGGUAAACAACUUGCUAAAAGGUCUGGGCAUUGCAGUUUUUACUGAAUGUUGGUACUUGUUGGUACUUGUAUUAUACCAAAACCAAUACUUGCAGUAUUGGUUUUGGUAUAAUACACACAUAUUUGUAAAUUCAUUAUCUAUUUUUUAAUAUUUGUUUUAUUUAAUUAGUGAUUAACUUUCUUUGCUUUAUGAACUUCUGUAGGACUUUCUAGGUCCUCCAUACUGUACACGCACUUCCUCAUGGAUUCACCAGUGCAGUUUGAAUCCCCAUUUUCAUCUCUUCUGUCUUUAUUAGACAUGAAAAUGCAUGAUGGUAAACUGUCGUGAAAAUAUUUAUAAUAAAAAUGGCCUCUUGUUUGGGCAUAAACAAACAAUAUCAGGUAUAUCAUUUGUCAGCUUUGGUUUAUAAUAAUACUUUUGUAUCUUUGAUUGAAUGAUUAUGGUUCAAAUGUUUAAUGAUUUGUUUUGUCCUGUAUGUCCCCUGCAUGCUACCUCAGUACACUGUCUAAAUGUGGCUCUACAAUAAUUUUAGUACUCCUUAAGAAUAUGCAUGGUGACUAAAGACAAACCUCAGUUGAGCUCCAGUGACAUUCUGUAUAC